AUGACAAAAUUUAGGAAAUUGAAUCGUCCAACAGGACAUCGUAUGUCCAUGCUUAGGACAAUGGGGUCGCAAUUAGUGAAGCAUGAGCAGACUGAAACCACUGUUGCUAAGGCGAUAUUUGUUUGUCUGAUACUUGCUGAUAACUAUCUGCUACUGAAAAAAGAUGGAACUCUAUCUGCUGCAAGACAGGCAGCUGCCUUUGUACGCGGGGAUGCUGUCAUUCAUAAGCUCUUUACUGAAUUGGCUUACAGAUACAAAGAUAGAGCUGGUGGAUACAUGAGAAUGCUCCGAACUCGGAUUCGAGUAGGUGAUGCUGCAGAAAUGGCCUAUAUAGAGUUUAUUGAUAGAGAAAAUGAACUUAGACAAUCCAAACCACCAAAUCCUCAACCUCCACAGAGACCAGCCAUGGAUCCCUGGACAAGAUCUCGGCUCAGCAGACAGUUUACACCACCUAAGGAGGAGAAAUUAUCGGCUCUGAUAGUUAAUACAAGUUUUUCUGGGAAGUGCAUUCAAGAUGAUUGUUUUGUCUUUUCAAUUCAUAAUGAUAUAUCUGGUUUUACAUGUUUGGAGCCUACAUGUAGUAGUGUAAUGAUAAUAAUGUUUCAUUCAACAGCACUAGGCAUGGUGAUUGGUAAAUUCAACUGGUUUUAAGCUUCUGUAUUUUCCAGCCUGCA